AUGAAUAAAAAAGGCCUCUUGUGUAUCAUUGUCACGCUAUUAUGCUCCCUAAGGGCUUUCCAGUUGUUUCUAUCAGCUACAACAGAAUUAAGACCAGAAGGCUCAUGGUUUCCUUUAUUUAAACAACGCCCGAGUUCAUUAGGACGAUUACCAGCCCAGAAAAACGACACCAUCGUCCUCGGUACAGAAUCUAACCAUCUUUUUUAUUUUGUUCAUGUAAGUAAGAAUACAACAGAUAAGAUGCUAACUUAUCAUAUACAGGCUACGGAUCUUCAUCUCUCGAGAUAUAGGCCCAAAGGACAUACAUUUCAUUUCUUUCAUUUUAUUCAAUCUAUUUUGCCUGUUGUCAAGCCAAAAUUUGUUGUUGUCACAGGUGAUCUAACAGAUGCAAAAGAUAAAAAGAGAAUCACGUCUCACCAGUAUGUGGACGAAUGGGAUGUAUAUCAACAGGCCAUUAAAGAAAAAGUGAAUGUGGAUUGGUACGAUAUGCGUGGUAAUCAUGACUGCUUUGAUUUGCCUUCAUGGCAAUCUAGAGUCAAUUAUUAUCGAACACAUGGUCAAAAGGCUGGUCUAGUAGAACAAGGCAACGGCAUUUAUUCAUGGCAAGUCGAUCAACUCGAGAGCCGUUAUCAGUUUGUUGCCAUUGAUGCUUGUCCGAAAAAAGGACCCUCUAGGCCAUUGAAUUUCUUUGGUUAUCUUACAUCAAAAACAAUGGACCAACUUGAAAAAACCUUGAUGUCAGCUUCGUUUAAUCACACUUUUGUGUUUUCACAUUAUCCUACUUCCACCAUGGUAUUUGGCUUAGGUGAUGUCCUCAAAUCAUACGAUCCUGUCACCAAAUCACUUGAAUUAGAAUUAGGUGAUCUCAAGGAGCACGGACUCUAUCGUAUUGUUGCUGUUGACCACGACUUGAUUUCGUUUGUAGACGUUCAACUUCCUCUAGACCAGAUUCCCAAAAAAGGACCCGUCAAUAGUCUUGGUCUUGUUCAUCCCAUGGCCCAAGAUAAAACGAUCGUUUGGCCACAUCCAGUUCAGCCUGCUCCUUCUAUUCUUGUUACCAACCCGAAAGAUGCUCGUUUUUCUCUUCCUUCUAAAGAGCCUCUUUGGCGUAUCCGACAGAGUUCUCAUAUCCGAUUCUUGGUCUUUUCAGGACAAGAUCCUGAUCAGUUAAAAAUAGAUAUUUUUAUUGAUAAACACCCUCAUCCUCAUCCUGCUCAUUUUGUGGGUGAUGCAGAACACCCUCUUUGGGUUGCUGCUUGGAACACGAGUCUGUUUGAAGACAAGGCAACGUAUGCGCUCAAAAUCCAAGUGACUCAACCCAACGGUCAAGUUGGUGUUUCUGAGACAUUGUUCCGUAUGGAUACGCAACGCAUCAAGAUCGGUGGUGGCUCUGGCGAAUUCAUUAUCAAGUCUAAAAUGACAACUGUGCUA